AUGGGAUCCGUCGUACUUCCCCAUCUCAACACCGGCUGGCAUGUGGACCAAGCCAUUCUCUCAGAAGAAGAUCGUCUCGUCGUCAUUCGCUUCGGCCGCGAUUGGGAUCCCGACUGUAUGCGCCAGGACGAAGUACUGUACAAGAUCGCCGACAAAGUGCGCAACUUCGCCGUGAUUUAUCUUUGCGAUAUCGACCAGGUUCCCGACUUCAACCAAAUGUACGAGCUGUAUGACCCGUGCUCCCUCAUGUUUUUCUUCCGAAACAAGCACAUGAUGAUUGAUCUGGGAACCGGUGACAACAACAAGAUCAAGUGGGUUCUCGAGGAUAAGCAAGAGCUCAUUGACAUUUUCGAAACGGUGUAUCGAGGUGCCAAGAAGGGCCGUGGUUUGGUCGUCAGUCCCAAGGAUUAUUCUACCCGACAUAGGUACUAG